GAAUUCUUGAUUCCAAUCCCGCCUGUUUUUUCCCCUCUACUUAACGCCCCCUUCUCCGCGCUGCCUCUCCGUACCGGCUCUCGAUCUCUCAAUUCGCCCGUUGGUUCGUGGAUUCCUCUUCGGAUAGGCAAGCGAUGGCGAGGACGAAGCAGACGGCUCGCAAGUCUACCGGUGGCAAGGCCCCCAGGAAGCAGCUGGCCACGAAGGCUGCGAGGAAAUCGGCGCCGGCGACCGGCGGCGUGAAGAAGCCCCAUCGUUUCCGCCCGGGGACGGUGGCGCUCAGGGAGAUCCGCAAGUACCAGAAGAGCACCGAGCUGCUCAUCCGCAAGCUGCCCUUCCAGCGGCUCGUUCGUGAGAUCGCGCAGGACUUCAAGACCGACCUCCGGUUCCAGAGCUCGGCCGUGGCGGCGCUCCAGGAGGCGGCUGAGGCAUACCUCGUCGGCCUCUUCGAAGACACCAAUCUGUGCGCCAUCCACGCCAAGCGGGUCACCAUCAUGCCCAAGGACAUCCAGCUUGCUCGUCGCAUCCGCGGUGAGAGGGCUUGAAUGCGAUUUCCCUGUUCGAUGUUGUAUUUUCUAGACUUUUCCAGAAGGUUCGAUGGAUUUUUCUUAACAUCACGUUUUGCUUAUCUUCGGCUUGUUAAGAUGUUAUUCUAGUAGUUUACAAAUCUAGAGCUUUGUUACUUCGUUUUUAGCUGGUUAUUGCGUCUGUUCUAAACUUUUGAUGAUGUUUCGUUUGA